AUUACAGAUGAACCAUCUAAGCCUGGAAAUGCAGAAGUGACAGACUGGGAUUUGGAUAUGGUAGAGCUGCAAUGGACAAAGCCAGAAAAAGAUGGAGGAUCGCCUAUUACUGGAUAUGUCAUAGAAUAUAAAGAUAAAUUUUCAAAAGAAUGGUCUAAAGGAGCGGAACUGCCUCCGACUGCACUGAAGGGGAAGGUGGAAGGUUUGAAAGAGGGAGUUCAGUAUGAAUUCCGCAUAAGAGCAGUGAAUAAAGCAGGUCCUGGUGAACCCAGUGAUCCUACAAAACCAAUUAUCGUGAAAGCACGUUUCGUGAAACCUUUCAUCAUUGGAGAUGACCUGAAGAACAUCGUUGUGAAGAAAGGUCAGGUCAUCAAAUACGAUAUUAAUAUCGGUGGUGAACCUCCGCCCGAUAUUAAAUGGGAUAUCAACGGUACUGAACUUUCUGGAAGCAAAAGGAUAUCAAUUGAUAAAUCUGCAAGAAAUACCAUCCUUACCAUCAAGGAUGCCGAGAGAACCGAUUGUGGCAAAGUGACUCUUACCCUAACCAACACCAUUGGUUCAUGUUCAGCUUCUGCUGAUAUAGUAGUAUUGGACAAACCUGCGCGUCCAGCAGGACCUCUGCAGAUCGAGGAAGUACGGGCAGAGAAAGCGGUCAUCAAAUGGGACUCGCCUAAAGAUUCGGGUGGUAGCGAGAUCGAAGGUUAUAUUAUUGAGAAGAUGGAUGCAGACACUGGAAGAUGGGUACCAGCCGGAGAAGUGGGACCCCACGAACGAAAAUUCACUGUGGAACCUCUUGUUCCCAAAAAGAAAUAUAACUUCCGUGUAAAGGCCAAAAACAAGGAGGGUGAAUCUGAGCCCUUAAUGUCGGACAAACCUGUCCUCGCAAAGAAUCCUUAUGACGAGCCUGGUAAACCUGGAAGACCUGAGAUCGUAGAUUAUGAUAAUACGAUGGUAGAUCUGAAAUGGUCCCCACCAUCUAGUGACGGUGGAGCACCUAUCACCAAUUACGUCAUUGAAAUGAAAGAUAAACUCAGCAACGACUGGAAAGAGGUGUUGAAAACCGACGGUGGCAAAUGUCAAGGGAAAGUCAGUAAUCUCCAAGAAAACUCAUCUGUCCAGUUUAGGGUCAAAGCGAUCAACAAAGCAGGACCUUCUGAGCCUAGCACAGAAACACCGUUGCACAUCGUAAAACACAGGAAUUUGAAACCUUACAUCGACCGAACCAACCUGAACAAUGUAGUCCUCAAAGUUGGUAGAUCUCACAAGUUCGAAGUCGACAUUCGAGGUGAACCUCCUCCUAAAGUUGUUUGGACAUUUGGCGAUGACCUCAAACUUACAAAUAACGAUCAUAUCAAAAUUGAUAACAGAGAUUACCAUUCUGAUAUUUACCUGAACAAGCUGACCAGAAAGCAUUCUGGAAAAUAUAUAAUAACAGCGACGAAUGCGUCUGGAAAAGACAGUGUCUCUGUAGAUGUAACCGUAUUAGGCGCACCAUCCAAACCUGAAGGUCCCUUGAAGGUAUCAGAUGUUCGUAAAGAAGGAUGCAAGCUGAAAUGGAGCAAGCCAAAAGACGAUGGUGGACUCCCCAUCAAACAGUAUGAGAUCGAGAAAUUAGACAAAGAAAGCGGACGCUGGACACGUUGUGGAAAGACGGACGAGCCAGAGUUUGAAGUAACCGGACUAACACCAGGAAAGGAAUAUUUGUUUAGGGUAGUGGCUACCAAUGAUGAAGGAGAAUCAGAGCCACUGGAAACUCUAGAGCCCAUACUAGCUAAGAAUCCUUAUGAUGAGCCAGACAAACCUGGUACUCCUCAGAUUGUAGAUUACGACAAUAUUAAAGUUGAUCUGAAGUGGGAAAAGCCAAAAUCAGAUGGUGGAGCACCUAUCACUAAGUAUAUCAUUGAGAAGAAACUGAAAUCCAGUCCGGACUGGGAGAAGGCUCUAGAAGUGCCUGGGGAUAAGACGCAGACUGAUGUAGCGGACUUGAAAGAGCGUCAGGAAUAUCAGUUCCGAGUUAUCGCCGUGAACAAAGCUGGACCUAGCGAACCGAGUGAUGCUACCAAGAUGCACCUUGUAAAGCACAGGAGAUUGAAGCCUUACAUCGAUCGAAGCAAUCUGGAUACCAUAACAGUAAAGAGGGGCAAGGUUAUCAAACUGGAGGUGAACGUUAGAGGAGAGCCACCGCCGACAAUAACUUGGAAAUUAAAAGAAAAAAUUGUAAAGACCGAGAACAACGUUGAAGUUGUAAGUGAAGACUACAAGACCAAAAUUACUAUCAACGAUGCUCAGCGGAAGGACACUGGGCUUUAUGUUAUCAUAGCUGAAAAUGAAGUAGGCAGGGAUGAGGCCCAAGUUGAGUUUGUCGUUUUAGGCGCUCCCAGCAGACCCACGGGUCCCUUGAAGGUGAGUGACGUUACUGCUAAAGGUUGCAAGCUGAAAUGGUCCAAACCUGAGGACGACGGCGGUAAACCGAUUGCUGGUUACGCAGUGGAGAAAUUGGAUACAUCAACUGGCAACUGGGUUCCAGUGGGUCGAACUGAUGGAAAGGAAACUGAAAUGGAUGUUACUGGCUUAACUCCUGGUAAAGAAUACCAGUUCCGGGUGAAAGCUAUCAAUCCUGAAGGAGAAUCAGAGCCGUUAGUUACAGACAGGCCAACACUGGCCAAGAACCCUUACGACGAACCUGGCGCUCCUGGAACCCCGGAGAUCGUGGACUGGGAUGAAAAUCACGUGGAUCUCAAAUGGACCCCUCCUAAAGACGAUGGCGGGGCGCCUAUUACUGGUUACAUUGUAGAAAAGAAAGAACGCUAUGGGCCCGGUUGGGAACCUUGUCUUACGACACAAAGCCCGAAGCCAGAGGCAAAAGUACCCAAUCUACAAUAUGGAAACAAUUAUCAGUUCCGUGUCAGAGCAGUCAACAAAGCUGGACCUGGAGAGCCGAGCGAACCAACCAAGUCCCAUACUGCCAAGCCCAGAUAUUUGGCACCCAAGAUCGUCCGUGAUAAUCUACAGCAAAUCGUAGUUAGGGCGGGACAAAGUGUAAAGCUGGACGUCGAAGUUAUUGGAGAACCUCCUCCCACAUGCACUUGGAGUUUCGGUGGCAAACCCGUAGAAAUAGGAGAAUCUAUCAAAGUGGAUAAUGAAGAAUACAUGACCCACCUCAAUAUCAAGAAUGGAGUUCGUAAGCAGUCUGGAAAGUAUAAGCUAACUGCAGUAAACAGCUCAGGAAAAGAUGAAGAAGAUGUAGAAAUCAUAUUCUUGGAUAAACCAUCUAAGCCUGAAGGUCCUCUGGAAGUAUCAGAUGUACACGCAGAAGGUUGCAAGCUGAGUUGGAAGAAACCAAAAGACGAUGGGGGCACACCAAUCACAGGCUACGUCCUCGAACGGAUGGAUCCGACCACAGGUAGAUGGAUUCCUGCUGGACGUGUCGACAAGGAUAAAACAGAAGCACCCAUCACAGGCCUGGAUCCGGGCAAAAAGUACCAAUUUCGAGUCAAAGCAGUCAACGAUGAAGGAGAAUCUGAACCAUUGGAAACAGAGCGAGCUACUGUCGCUAAAAAUCCAUAUGAGGAACCAGGACCACCGGGUCUCCCAGAAAUCAAAGACUAUGAUUCAGACUUUGUAGAUCUAAAGUGGGAUCCUCCUGUAAGAGAUGGAGGAGCUCCUAUUACUGGUUACAUAGUGGAGAAGAAAGACAAAUACAGCCCGGACUGGCUUCCUGUCAAGGAAGUAGAAGGCAACAUACCGAAAGCUAAAGUGACUGGGCUUAACGAAGGAGACAAAUACGAAUUCCGUGUAAGAGCCGUAAACAAGGCAGGACCAGGUGAACCCAGCCAGUCCACUUCCCCUCACCUGUCAAAGCCUAAAAACCUGAAACCUCGCAUUGAUAGAACCAACUUGAAAAAUUUAGUUGUUAAAGCCGGACAAAUGGUGAGCUUUGAUGUCGACAUCAUAGGUGAACCUCCUCCCAAAGUCCAGUGGCGCUUUGGACAGCAUCAUAUUGACAAUGGAGAUGUUUAUAACAUAAACAAUGUGGACUAUAACAGUAAAUUCUGCCUUCCCAAAGCGACUCGAAAGGACACUGGAAAAUAUUACAUUACGGCUACUAAUCCUUCUGGCAGCGACGAAGCGGAAGUAGAAAUAACUGUCUUAGCAAAACCAAUGAGACCGAAUGGUCCUUUAGAAGUUUCGGAUGUGACGAAAGAAGGGUGCACUCUAAAGUGGAAGAAGCCGGAUGAUGAUGGCGGAUCUCCUAUCGAAUACUACGAAAUCGAGAAAAUGGACACUGAGACGGGCAUGUGGGUACCUGCUGGUCGUUCUACAGAACCUAAGUUCGAUGUCAAGAAUCUAGUUCCAGGAAAGAAUUAUAAGUUCAGAGUACGUGCAGUCAACAAAGAAGGGGACUCUGACGAACUGCAGACGGAGAAAUCGACACUUGCUAAAAAUCCGUACGAUGAGCCUAGCAAACCCGGCCGACCCGAAGCAACAGAUUGGGAUGCUGACCAUGUUGAUUUGAAAUGGAGCCCUCCAGAAUCUGAUGGUGGAGCUCCGAUCACGGGUUAUGCAGUUGAAAAGAGGAAGAAAGGAACUUACAAAUGGCAUAAAGCCAAAGAAACCAUUGGUCCUGCCACCUCAACCACUGUCCCCGACCUGGAAGAAAGAGAAGAAUACGAAUUCAGAGUCAUCGCACUCAAUAAGGCUGGACCUAGCGAACCUAGUGAGGCUUCAAAAUCGGUCAUAGCGAAGCCGAGAUCAUUGGCUCCACGUAUUGACAGAACAAAUCUUAACAAUCUGGUUAUCAAAGCUGGUAAUGUCGUCAAGUUGGACGCAGAUGUGAAGGGUGAGCCCCCGCCAAAGAUCACGUGGUCUUUUAAGGGACAACCUAUCACAUCAAAUGAGAAGAUCAAAAUCGACAACGAAGACUAUCAUACGCUGUUUAUUCUCACAAAAACAGUGAGGGCUGAUACAGGAAAAUAUACCGUUACAGCCGUCAACAGUGCCGGAAAAGAUGAAGCAGAAGUCGAGAUAACUGUUCUUAGUAAGCCCAGUAAGCCUAAAGGCCCUCUGGAAGUAUCUGAUGUCACAGCCGAAGGCUGCAAAUUAAAAUGGGAUAAACCAGAAGACGAUGGCGGUCAACCAGUUAAGGAAUAUAUUGUUGAGAAGAUGGACACAGAAACAGGAAGAUGGAUUCCAGUAACGACAACUCGAGAACCGGAAGCUGAAAUCAAAGGUCUCAUUCCUGGAAAGGAAUAUAAGUUCAGGGUCAAAGCUGUGAAUCCUGAGGGAGAGUCCGAACCACUAGAGACUUCGACCGGCACAGUAGCCAAAAAUCCUUUCGAUGAACCAGGCAAACCCGGCAAGCCAUCUGCGCACGAUUGGGGUAAGCAUUAUGCAGAUCUCAUAUGGACGCCUCCCGAGAGUGAUGGGGGUGCUCCUAUUACCAACUACAUUAUCGAAAAGAAAGACAAAUACAGUACCAAAUGGCAACGAGCUGGAGAAACGAUUGGAGACAAAUGUGAAGCCCGUGUAUCUGAUCUCAUCGAAGGAAUGGAGUACCAAUUCCGAGUUAAAGCCGUAAAUAAGGCUGGACCCAGUGAGCCAAGCGAUCCUAGCUCAUACGUUAUCGCCAAACCCAGAUUCUUGGCACCCCAGAUAUCCGGUUUGAAAGAUGUAACUGUCCGAGCUGGGCAAAUAGUUCGAUUCGAUGCAAAAGUGAUAGGCGAACCCCCACCAAAGAAGACUUGGUUUAUGGGCAAAGAUCAAGUGAAAAGUGGAGGGCGAACCACUCUUGAAACAGAGGAUUACCGAACCAAACUGAUCAUCAACAGUGUUGAGAGAAGAGACUGCGGUGAAUAUCGCUUAUGCGUAGAAAAUUCUUCAGGAAAAGAUGAAGCUGUUGUCACGCUAAACGUUCUCGACAAACCAGGAAAACCUGGAGGGCCACUGGAUAUUUCAAAUGUAACAGCAGAGGGUUGCAAAUUGAAAUGGAAAGAACCUGAAGAUGAUGGAGGUGUACCUAUCGAACACUAUGCAAUUGAGAAAAUGGAUCUGGGAACUGGCCGCUGGGUACCAGCUGGCCGAAGCACAAAACCUGAAAUCGAACUGACAAACCUUGCUCCAGGUCAAGAAUACAAAUUCCGUGUAGUGGCUAUCAAUCCUGAAGGAGAAUCAACACCCCUUGAAGGAGAAAAAUCCAUUAUUGCCAAAAAUCCAUACGAUCCACCUGGAAAGCCAGGAGUUCCUGAAGCUACUGACUGGGAUAAGGAAUGGGUCGAUCUCAAAUGGACCAAACCCUUGAAAGAUGGCGGUGCCCCUAUCACAGGUUACUUAAUUGAAAAGAAAGAAAAAGAUUCUACCGUCUGGUCGAAGGCAAUACAGAUUGACAAGCCUGUUUUGGAAGGCAGGGUUCAAGAUCUUAUUCCUGGAGAGACAUACCAGUACAGAGUAAGAGCCAUCAAUGCAGCUGGACCGGGAGAACCAAGCGAUGCUACAAAACCUAUCGUUGCGAAACCCAGAAAACUACCUCCGAGGAUAGAUAGACGUACUUUGAAGCCAAUAACUGUUCGAGCUGGCCAACCUUUCACACUGGACGUGAAAAUUGCUGGAGAACCACCACCGACCGUCCGUUGGAUGCUUAAGGACGCCCCAGUCGAUGAGCGUUUCGACUUUCAGAUUAAAAACGUGCCCUAUAAUUCGAAGAUAGAGUGCGGAAAAGCAGAGAGGAAGGACAGCGGAAUUUAUAAGAUUUUCGCUAACAAUCCACACGGUCAGGACCAAGCUGAAGUGGAAAUUACCGUCCUCUCGAAGGCUUCGAAACCCGAAGGUCCGCUGGACGUGUCAGACGUGAAAAAAGACGGCUGCAAACUGAAAUGGAACAAGCCCAAAGAUGAUGGUGGACAUCCUCUUGAGGGUUAUCUGGUAGAAAAGCAAGAUCCAGAGAGUGGUACGUGGGUUCCCGUCGGACGUACUCAUAGUCCUGAAAUGGAGGUAACUGGACUGACUCCAGGAAAGGCGUAUAAUUUCCGAGUAAAAGCUCUUAAUCCAGAAGGAGAAUCUGAUCCUCUUGAGACAUAUACUCCCGUUGUGGCUAAAGAUCCUUUCAAGGCAUCAGGUGCUCCUGGAAAACCAGAAGUGACCGAUUGGAAUAAGGAUCACGCAGACUUAAAAUGGACCCCACCGGAUAACGAUGGUGGCGCUCCCAUCACUAGCUACGUGGUAGAAAAGAAGAAAGGUGGACCUUGGGAGAAGGCCCUUGAGGUACCUGGAGACAAACUAAAAGCAACUGUUCCACUUCUAGAAGAGGGCAAAGAAUAUGAGUUCAGAGUAGUGCCUGUCAAUAAAGCCGGUCCAGGAGAACCCAGUGACCCCUCUCAGGCCAUAAUUGCUAAACCUCGAUUUUUACGUCCAUGCAUUGACCGGACUAUGUUCGAUGAUUUGACUAUCCGGGCCGGUCAGCCGAUCAAAUUCGACGUCAAUGUAUCCGGAGAACCUCCUCCAGAGAUUACAUGGUUGGUGAACGACAAACCCCUUAAAAGCGAGACCAGGACGACUCUAGAGAAUGCCGACUAUAAUACGAAACUUACCAUUCGCCGAGUCACCAGAGCGGACUGUGGAAAAUACACAAUCAACGCUGUCAAUGAAAGUGGAAAGGAUUCUGCAUCGGUCAAUGUGUUAGUUAUUGACUCACCAUCAAAACCAGAAGGGCCAUUGGAAGUAUCUGAUGUACGUAAGGAUGGCUGUAAAUUGAAAUGGAAGAAGCCCAAAGAUGACGGUGGCAUCCCCUUGAAAGGGUAUGAGGUGGAGAAGAUGGAUCCGGAUACUGGAGCAUGGCUACCGGUCGGAGAAACAAAAGAACCAGGAAUGGAAGUGACAGGUCUAACUCCGGGCAAAGAUUAUAAAUUCCGCGUUCGCGCCAUAAACAAAGAAGGAGAAUCUGAACCUCUGGAAACUACGAAGCCUAUUACAGCCAAGAAUCCAUUUGAUGAGCCUGGGAAACCGAAUAAACCAGAGGUAACAGACUGGGAUAAAGACCACGUGGACUUAAAAUGGACUCCACCAGCAUCUGACGGUGGAUCUCCAAUAACAGGAUAUAUUGUAGAAAAGAAGGAUAAGUGGGGAGACUGGGAGAAGGCAGUGGAAGUGCCAGCUGAGGAGACGACUGCCACCGUUCCAAACCUCAUCCAGGGACAGCCAUAUGAAUUCAGAGUGCGGGCCGUGAAUAAAGCAGGGCCGGGCGAACCCAGUGCACCAACAGAUCCAGUCAUAGCCAAGUCUCGAAAAGUACCACCAAAAAUCGAUCGCACCAAUCUAAACAAGGUACGAGUGAAAGCAGGCCAGUCCUUCCAUUUCGAUGUGAAUGUGACUGGCGAACCUGCUCCAACUACCGCUUGGCUACACGAUGGAAAGAAGUUUCUCAGCUCGGAUAAAGUGAAGAUUGAAGAUAUUCCUUACAACACUAAGUUGAAUGUUAGGCAGGCGCGACGAGCUGACAGUGGCAAAUACACUGUCAUAGCCAGCAACGAGCACGGAAAAGACGAAGCAGAUGUUGAAGUCGUUGUUCUCGAUCAUCCAUCUCCUCCGAAUGGACCAUUGAAGGUCGAAGAUGUGCAUGCUGAGGGUUGUAACCUCAAAUGGUUCCCACCUUCGGACGAUGGAGGAGCUCCCAUCGACCAUUACGAAGUUGAGAAACUUGAUCCCAACACUGGACAAUGGGUUCCUGCGGGUGAGACGAUAGGCCCAGACACGAACCUAAAAGUAAAAGGUCUUCAGCCAGGUAAACAGUAUAAUUUCAGGGUGAAGGCUGUAAACAGGCUGGGAGAAUCGGAGCCCUUGCAUGCUUCUAAGCCCAUUCUUGCGAAGAAUCCUUAUGAUCCUCCUUCUGCUCCUGGUCAGCCGGAAAUAGUUGACUAUGACAAAGACUUUGUCACAAUGAAGUGGAAAAAGCCGAAAAAUGAUGGAGGUGCUCCUUUGACUGGGUACAUCAUUGAAAAGAAAGACAAAUACAAUCCUGAAUGGGUUCCAAUCCAGGAAGUGCCUGGUGAUGAAGAACGAGCUACUAUUCCUGAUCUGGUGGAAGGCAAUCAGUAUGAAUUCAGAGUUCGUGCUGUAAAUAAGGCUGGGACAAGUGAACCUAGUGAUCCAACUGCACCACAUACUGCAAAGCCAAAGAAGUUGCCUCCCAAGAUCGACCGAAAUGCGCUCUUCAACAUCCGGGUAAAGGUGGGCAAAUCUUUUGAACUGGAUGUUCCGGUAAGCGGCGAACCUCCGCCGACCAAGAAAUGGAAUCUGGGCACCAAGGCUUGUGAGACACUACCUCGGUGGACUGUGGUGCAUAGCGAUUAUAGCACGAAAUUGUCUGUCCGCAAUGCUGAAAGGGGAGACAGCGGCCAGCUGACACUAUCAGCCCGCAAUAUGCAUGGGAAUGAUUCAGCCACGAUUACAGUCACAGUUUUAGCACCUCCUACAGCGCCAGAAUCUUUGGCCAUCACAAACGUCACAAAGGAUGGUUGUGCCCUUUCCUGGAAGCCUCCGAAAGAUGAUGGCGGGUCUGAGAUCACACAUUAUGUCGUUGAAAAGAAAGAUGCUGAGACUGGCAAGUGGCUGCCGGUCGGCGAGACUAUUAAUCCACACAUCAGAGCUGACAGACUAAUUGAAGGUCACGAGUAUAACUUCCGAGUCAAGGCUGUAAAUAAAGAAGGAGAAUCACCAUGGCUAUUUGGUAAAGAGCCCAUCACUGCCAAGAAUCCUUUUGACACGCCAGAUAAACCCGGAGCCCCACAGGUCGUGGACUGGGAUAGCGAUCAAGUAGAUCUUGCAUGGAAUCCUCCACGAAGAGAUGGAGGAGCUCCUAUUACUGGGUACAUCAUCGAAAAGAAACCCAAGAAUAGCCCUGUGUGGGAGGAAGCCGCCCGGGUGGAUGGUAAUGACACAAGAGCAACUGUACCUGGCCUAAAGGAUGGAGAUCAGUAUGAAUUUAGAGUUACCGCACUCAACAAGGCAGGCCCUAGUGAACCCAGUGAACCAUGUGCUCCAUUCCUCGUCAGGCCUAAAUACUUGGCACCAACCAUCGACAAAUCUUUGCUGCAAGAUAUCAAAGUGAGAGUAGGUCGUCCCAUCAACUACACCAUACCCAUCAAAGGUGAACCCACGCCUACGGUAACGUGGUCCAUCAACAACAAACCAGCAGUUUCAAAACGCAUUGAAAUCACUUCUACUGCCACUAUCACCACAUUGGAUAUUUUAAAUUCGGAAAGGUCGGAUUCAGGAAAAUAUACUCUUACUUUGCAGAAUACAUCAGGCACAGUAUCUGCUUCUGCAAACGUCACUGUUAUGGACCGGCCUUCACCUCCCGAAGGUCCUCUCGGAGUAACAGACGUAUGCAAAGACUCUGCGACACUGAGCUGGAAACCAUCUAAAGAUGAUGGUGGUACUCCUAUCAAGCAUUAUUUAGUGGAAAAAAUGGACACCUCUCGUGGUGCUUGGUCUGAAGUUGGAACUACGCCCGACUUAAAAUUCAAAGUACCGAAACUUCUGUAUAAGAAAAAAUAUCAGUUCAGAGUGAAAGCAGUUAAUGAAGUUGGAGAAUCUGAUCCUCUAGAAACGAAAGAAGCUAUCAUUGCCAAAGAUGCUUAUGAACCUCCUCAGUCACCUAGCAAACCAGAAGUAACAGACUACGAUAAGGAUCGAGUAGAUCUGGCUUGGACAGCGCCCAAAGAUACAGGUGGUGCCCCUCUCACUGGUUAUAUCAUUCAGAAGAAGGAGCGUGGAUCACCAGUGUGGACCAAAGCAGCAGAGGUGCCUGCCUCGCAGACUAAGUGUUCUGUACCCGGAUUAACAGAAGGAAACGAUUACGAGUUCCGAGUUAUCGCCACCAAUAAAGCCGGAGAAAGCGAACCUAGCGAUCCAUCAGAUUUUGUGACAGCCAAGCCUAAAUUCUUGGCUCCUAAAAUAAUAACGCCCAUGAGAGAAAUGAAAGUGCGAAGUGGCUUGGCUCUUACGGCGGACAUCAAGUUCAUCGGCGAGCCAGCGCCCGAAGUAGAAUGGACAUUGAACGGAAAAACCGUUAAGACGGGAGACAGAGUGACAUUAUCGAACUUCAACGAUCAUACCAUACUCAAUAUCAUUGAUACCAGGAGAUCUGACAGUGGACCAUACACGCUUACGGUGAAGAACGCUCACGGCAAAGAUAGCGGCAUUCUGGAUGUUAAUAUAUUAGACAAACCCGGACCUCCAGAAGGCCCAUUGAAUAUUGAUGAAGUGGACAAAGAUCGCGUGAAACUUUCGUGGAGACCACCUAAAGAUGAUGGAGGGAGUCCUUUGACCGGCUACGUGAUUGAGAAACGAGACAAGACAAGAGGUGGCAGCUGGUUGCCCGCCGUUUCAUUUGUAAGCCCCACGAGUCGAAACUGUUAUGUUCCAAAGCUGACAGAAGGUACGGAAUACGAAUUCCGUGUAAUGGCACAGAAUGCCAAUGGCACAUCUGAUCCACUGACGACAGAAAAACCAGUGGUUGCCAAGAGCCCUUACGGUGUACCGGGACGUCCUGGUCAACCGGAGCCCGUAGAUUAUGACAGAGACUUUGUAAAAUUAAAGUGGGAACCUCCACGGUCCAAUGGCGGAUCGCCUAUCAUUGGGUAUGAUAUUGAAAGGAAAGACAAAAAGUCGAAUCGAUGGGUCAAAGUCAAUAAAGCACCAGUUCCGAGCUGCAUGUUUACUGACGAUACUGUGACGGACGGACAUGAGUAUGAAUACAGAGUAAGUGCCAGGAAUGCAGCAGGUGCUGGGCAGCCCAGUGAGGCUUCCUUGCCCAUCACAGCCAAGCCAAUGAAAGAAAAACCAAAGCUCCAUCUGGACGGUUUGUACGGAAAAGUGAUCCGCGUGAAAGCGGGUGACCCCUUGCGCAUUAACGUCCCUCUGACAGGAGCACCAACUCCAACAACAACGUGGACCGUAAAUGACAAGCCUUUACCGGUUAGCAAUCGCAUUCAAACUGAAUCGACACCGGACAGUGUGGGACUCAACAUUCCUCGCACACAGAGGUCAGACAGCGGGAAAUAUACUAUAACGGCUAAAAAUGCUCACGGAGAAGAUUCGGCAGAUAUGACUGUGCUGGUGUAUGAUAAACCGGGCCCUCCGAAAAAUAUGGAAUAUCCAGAAAUCACUGCCAAUUCGAUUACUCUGAAGUGGAAAAAACCAGAUGACGAUGGCGGAUCCGACAUCACCGGCUACCAGGUGGAGAAGUGUGAAGUGGGCGUAGAGCGAUGGACUCCUGUGACUGCUUUCUGUCCUACGCCGACGUGCGUCGUGAGGAAUCUGGAUGAAGGGAAACAAUACCGUUUCCGGGUUCGAGCAGAAAAUAUGUACGGUGUAAGCGAUCCUCUGGAAGGAAAGCCUGUCUAUGCUAAGAAUCCUUUCGAUACUCCUGACGCACCAGGACAACCUAAAGUGAAAGACUUCGGUCCUAAUUUUGCAAAUAUUGCAUGGACACCUCCAGCAAGCGAUGGUGGCAAACCUAUCACAGGUUACAUUAUCGAAAAACGUGAGAGAGGUAAUCCAGACUGGGUAAAAGUGAACUCCUUCCCCACUCCCCACACGGAAUUCAAUGUACCGAAUUUGACGGAAGGAAAAACGUACGAGUUCCGCGUCAUGGCGGUGAAUGAGGGAGGUCCAGGAAAGGCCAGCAAGCCAUCUAAUCCUAUCACAGCAAAGGAACAGAAAUUUGCACCGAGCGCUCCAGACAUGCCACGAGUGGAUAAAGUCACCAAGAACUCCGUUACCCUGUCUUGGGGUAAGCCUUUGCAUGAUGGAGGAAGCAAGAUUCAGGGAUAUCUUAUAGAGAAAAAGCCCAAAGGAGCUAAACAAUGGGAUAUUAUCAACAACAUUCCACAUCCGGAUACAACAUUUACGGUUCCAAAUUUAACUGAAGGAGAAGAAUAUGAAUUCAGGGUUAUUGCAGUUAAUGAUAUUGGAGAUAGUCCACCGAGUAAACCAUGUGCCUUGGUCAAAGUGGAAGAUCAACCUGAUAAACCGCGAAUCGAUGCUGGGGCAUUAAAGGACAUAACAGUAAAGGCGGGACAAGAGUUCAGCCUAACUGCUCCUUUUACUGGUUUCCCGAAACCUAACGCCAUUUGGUCUAGAAAUGAAAUUGACUUGGAUGAGAAGGAUCCUAGAUAUUUCUUCAAGGUAGGAGACGAUUAUGCAGUUUUGGGUGUAUCAAGUGCGAAAAGAUCAGACACUGGGCAAUACAAGCUUUUCCUCAAAAAUAUUUCUGGUUUUGAUACCUGUUCCUGCAAAGUGACUGUGUUAGAUCGUCCUGGACCUCCAGAGAACCUUCGAGCAGAAGAUCUGGAGGGAGAUUCUCUAACGUUGAAAUGGAAUCCUCCAAAGGACGAUGGAGGAGCAGAAGUCAGCAAUUAUAUUGUAGAAAAGAGGGAGAAAGGCACCACUAUUUGGUCUAGGGUAAGCAGUUUUGUGACAGGUACUGCAACUCGAGUUCGGAAUCUAACUGUCGGCAAACAGUAUGAAUUCAGGGUGAUGGCAGAGAACAUGUACGGUACCAGUGAUCCAUGCAGUAUGGAGCCAAUCUUCGCCAAACUUCCUUACAAUCUACCUGGCCCUCCAGGCAUUCCUCACUCUGUGGAAACCGGUACCGAUUCCAUCACGUUAUCGUGGACCAAACCAAGAACGGAUGGCGGAAGUCCUGUCACUGGAUAUGUUCUGGAGAAGCGAAAGAUAGGAGACAACAAAUGGGCCAGAGCAACAAAUGUUACCAUUCCAGGACUUACAUACCGCGUAAAUGGAUUGCAAGAGAAUGCCGAAUACGAAUUCCGAGUCGCGGCUUGUAACGCUGCUGGCCAAGGACCUUGGAGUUCGAAUUCAGAUGGCAUUGUAGCCAGGAUGCCGCCAUGUCCUCCGAAACUGGAUACUAGUUUUGCUAUGAGAGACUUGACGAUACCGGCCGGAGAGCCUUUCAAUAUUCGAGUGCCAUACAUUGGCAGUCCUCCACCUACAGCUACCUGGACUGUGAAUCAAAACGAAAUCAAGCCCGAUGAUCGUGUGACAAGCGAAGUGGGUGAAGAUUUCGUAGUUUUAAUGAAUAAGAAGAGUAAACGAGAAGAUUCUGGACGAUAUACUCUCAAGCUGACUAAUUCGCAAGGUUCCGAUUCUGCUUCUUGCAAAGUAACGGUUGUUGAUAAGCCAGGACCUCCUCAAGGACCUUUAGAGAUUACUGACAUUUCUCCAGAGAACUGCUCUUUGUCAUGGAAACCACCAGCGGAUGAUGGAGGCAGUCCCGUUACAAACUAUGUCGUUGAGAAAUUAGACCCUUCAUUGAAUGCUUGGAUAAAAGUCAGUAGUUACGUCCGUGGCUGCCAUUAUGACGUCAUUGGAUUGGAGCCCAACAAGAAAUACAGCUUUAGGGUCAGUGCGGAAAAUCAGUAUGGCAUUGGACCACCUUUGACCUCAGAGAAGCCUAUCAUCGCCAAAUUUCCUUUCGAUGUUCCUAGUCCUCCUGGCACGCCUCAAAUCACGGACUCCGAUGAGACAAGUGUGAAUCUGAUAUGGGAGAGACCAAAAAGUGAUGGCGGGUCCAAAAUUCACGGGUACCAAGUUGAAUAUCGGGAUCCUAGAGAUGGACGGUGGAAGCCGGCUUCUGAUCAGUUAGUAAAGGAUACGUCAUUUAGAGUUCCUAAUUUAUCUGAAAAUGAAGAAUAUGAAUUCCGUGUUAAAGCUAAAAAUGCAGCUGGUUUCAGUCUACCUAGCAAACCGACUGCUACUUUCAAAAUCAAAACCAAAUCAAGUGUUCCUUCACCUCCUCAGAACGUAAGAAUUGGUAAAGUUGGCAAGAGUUAUGUCGACCUGAAAUGGGAUAAACCUCGAUCAGAUGGUGGAAGCAAAAUUACAGGUUACAUUGUGGAACGGAGGGAAAAGAACAGCAAUGUAUGGAUCCGGGCAAAUGAUUACAUGUCACCAGACUGUGAGUAUACAGUACUCAACCUUAUGGAGAACCACGAGUACGAGUUUAGGGUAAUGGCGGUGAAUGCUGCUGGCAAGAGUGACCCUAGCGCUACCACUAUGCCUGUCAGAGUCACGGAAGUUGCCGAUGGCAUGAAACCCGAGUUUAUUCGAACCCUCUCAAACAAAAGCUGCAACCUCAAUAAAAGCGUUACCCUCGAAUGCGAAGGCGUUGGAAAGCCUUUCCCUACUGCCAGAUGGUUUAAAAAUGCCCGAGAGAUCCAUCCGGCUGGGCGGAUCGUGCAAAAAGAUUUGGAUACUGGUGUUUUCAAGCUUGUUUUCUCAGAGCUCUGGGAUACCGAUGAAGGAGAAUACACCUGCGAGCUCAGCAACAGUCUUGGAUCCGUCAAGUGCUCCGCUAGUCUCAGUAUUGCCUCCGCUCCUAAAAUUGAGCGAUGCCCGAACGAGGUGACAUUCCCAGAGCACGACAAUGGAAAAAUCAAAAUAUUCUAUUCGGGAACGGGUCCAUUCGAAGUACAGCUUUUCAAGGACGGUUUAGAAGUGAAAGAAGAUAAACAUCUCAAGUUCACGGUUUUCGAUGACUAUGUCAUUAUCUACUUACGGGAAGCGCUGAAGACAGAUGAAGGAAAAUACAAGUUUAUUGUGAAAAAUGAUAGCGGUCAAGCGGAUGCCACUUUUGCCCUUAAAGUAACAGGUCUUCCUGGACCUCCGCAAGGUCCACUAGAAGUGUCUGAUAUCACGCAACAUACAGCAACUAUAAGCUGGCGGCCACCGCUGUAUGACGGAGGUAGCAAGAUUACUCAUUAUAUUGUAGAAAGAAAAGAAACAAGUCACAGUCAAUGGAUUGUUGCUUCCAGUUACUGUAGGGAACUGGUAUUUACAGUGCAAGGGUUAACAGAAGGGGGUGAAUACCUGUUCCGGGUGAUGGCUGUCAACGAGAAUGGCCAAAGUCAACCUCUGGAAGGAACUAAUCCAAUAAUUGCUAAACUUCCAUUUGAUAAGCCGAGCGCUCCUGGAGUUCCUGUGGUAACUGAGGUCGGUGGAGAUUUCGUCAAUCUAUCUUGGGAGAAGCCAGAGAGCGAUGGAGGUAGCCGAAUCCAAGGUUACUGGGUCGAGAAGAGGGAAAUUGGUACUCUUGCUUGGCAAAGAGUUGGACCUAACCUGUCCAUUACGACACAGGUGAAUAUUUCAAACUUAAUUGAAGACAGACAAUACGAGUUCCGAGUCUUCGCCGUCAAUGAGGCAGGCAUGAGCCCUCCAUCUAUGAACUCAACAUCGGUGAAGAUAACCGAUCCCAACGCUCCUGUCCCGCCAGAAUUCGUAAUUCCUCUUCGAAAUGUUAUGGCAGUAGAAAAUAAGAGUGCUCAGUUUACAUGCAAAGUCUCAGGAAAUCCUAAACCAACUAUCACAUGGUUUAAGGGCACCCGUGAGCUAAUGGAUGGCGGCAAAUACACCAUGCUGAAAGAUGGGGAUUCGUAUUCAUUGGUCGUGAGCGAGGUAUAUGGUGAAGAUGCAGACGAGUACGCUUGUCGGGCCACCAACAAGGGAGGAUCCCGCACGUCAAGAGCGGAGCUCUUCAUCAAGACUGCGCCACAUAUUUAUGUUCCUCCUCGAUUCAGAGAGGUGGCAUCUUUCGAGAAGGGUGAAAAUGUAACCUUGAAAAUUCCAUUCACUGGCUUCCCCAAACCGAAAAUCAAGUGGUCGAAAGAAGGAGAAGAGAUCGAGAGUGGAAUGCACUACGAUGUUUCUGUUGGUGAGCGGCAUGCACUCCUCACAAUAAGAGAUGUUCAAAAAUAUGAUAAUGGACCUUACAGAAUUGUUGCCGAAAAUGAACUUGGUGUGGAUUCUGCUAUCAUCAAAGUCCAAAUCAAUGACAAACCGGACCCGCCUCGUUUCCCAGUAGUGGAAAGUAUUUGCGAUGAUUUCGUCACUCUAUCAUGGAAGCCUCCUCUAUGGGACGGUGGCAGCCAUAUUAGCAACUACUUGAUAGAAAAACAAGAAUGCCCCAUGACCAGCUGGAUACGAUGCGGAAAUACCAGGUUCACCUACCAUACGAUUUCUGGUUUGAAUCCUGGCAAAGAUUACGUUUUCCGAAUAUAUGCAGAGAAUGUUUACGGAAGAAGUGAUCCCAGCGAACCAACGCAAUUAGUUACAACGAAACUGAAGGAAAAAGACCUUGCCAGGAAGAAGCACAUUAUGUUGGACGCUCAAGGUCGACGUGUGCGCGGUAAAUCUGAAGGAAAAGUCAGGAAUUACGACCAAUUUGUAUUCGAUGUUUUUGAUAAAUACAUCCCUACUCCCGUUGAUAUCAAAACUUCCAGUAUCUACGAUAAAUAUGAUAUACUGGAAGAAAUAGGAACGGGAGCCUUCGGGGUGGUCCAUCGUUGUAGAGAGAGAAAGACGGGCAACAUCUUUGCUGCCAAAUUCAUCCCCGUUGCUCAUCCACUCGAAAAAUCGCUCAUAAAGAAGGAAAUUGACGUCAUGAAUCAUCUGCAUCAUCCUAAAUUGGUCCAUCUUCACGACGCCUUCGAAGACGAUGACGAAAUGGUUCUUGUUUAUGAAUUCUUGUCUGGGGGUGAACUGUUCGAGAAGAUCACUGACGACAACUAUUUCAUGUGUGAAGCUGAGGUCAUUAAUUAUAUGAGACAGAUCUGCGAAGGCAUAAAACAUAUGCAUGAGAAGAGUAUCAUCCACCUCGAUAUCAAGCCCGAAAACAUAAUGUGCCAAACAAAAACAGGUAAUGCAAUCAAGCUGAUUGACUUUGGUCUUGCUACUAAGUUGGAUCCCAACGAGGUGGUGAAAAUAUCAACAGGAACGGCUGAGUUCGCUGCUCCUGAAAUUGUAGACAGAGAACCAGUUGGUUUCUACACAGAUAUGUGGGCUGUUGGAGUGCUUGCCUAUGUUCUGUUGAGUGGUUUGUCCCCUUUUGCUGGUGACAAUGACGUGGAGACCCUAAAGAAUGUACGCGCUUGUGACUGGGAAUUUGAUGACGAAGCUUUUGCCAACGUAUCCAGCGAGGGGAAAGAUUUCAUUUCCAAGCUUCUUGUUCGAGCAAAAGAAAAACGAAUGACGGCUCACGAAUGCUUGGAACAUCCCUGGCUGAAGGGAGAUAUCAGCCACGAUACAAAAAUUCGCAUUCCAAACAAGAGAUAUGUCAAGUUCAGAGACAGCAUUCGGGACAAAUAUGCGGAUUCCUGGAACAACUGCUUGCUACCUAUUGGACACAUCGCCAAUUACAGCUCCCUUCGGAAACUACACCAGGACAAGUACAAAAUUCAAGACUUUUACUUUGAUCGCUUACAGGCCGCUCCGAGGUUUGUAAUUCGCCCUCAAAGUACAUUCUGUUACGAAGGACAAAGUGCAAAAUUCUUAUGUCGUGUUACAGCACCAGCACCGCCUACUGUAUCUUGGUAUCGUGACAAUAUCGAGCUUCGGCAGAGCGUGAAGCACAUGAAGCGGUACGAAGGCAACGACUACUACUUCGUCAUUAACCGAUGCAAGCUGGAUGAUCGUGGAGAGUAUAUCAUCAAGGCAGAGAACUACUACGGCUGGAGGGAAGAGCCGGUCUUCCUUAAUGUUCACCCUGUUCCAAUUGACAUUCCAAAGAUUACCCUAGAGGAACCUGUCAGGAAGAGACAAGAAUUGGCUCCUCCCGUUCUAUAUGAAGAACCCAAAGACUCGGCACCACUGUUCACUUUCCUGUUGCGACCACGUGUCAUCCAAGUGGGCAUAGGAGUCAAACUGCUCUGCUGUUUGUCUGGAAAGCCCUUACCUUUGAUACGCUGGUUUAAAGACGGUCGGGAAGUUGGAAAGAACGUGUAUAAUGUGACGUAUAAUGACGGCGUCGUCGCUCUUGAGAUUCCAUCUUGCACGCUGGAAGACUCUGGAACUUUCGUUUGUGUAGCAACUAACGACUUAGGAGAGGACAAAACUUCCUGCACAGUCCGCGUAGAAGAUCGAAGAGUUCCUUCCAGAGUACAAUCUCCCUUGAGUCUUACGCCUCGAGUAGCAACACCUACAUCUUUGUACAGAGUAGAUUCUGUUAAAUCACAGCACGCUGGCCGUCCUACUCCAUUGACAUCUGCUCGACCAACCAAGGACACCACCUCGGCAACCCUUUCUGCAGCAGCUUCGCGUCUAUCCGCUCCGGAUACUACCAAGAGGACGCAGAAACCAUAUGGCAAGAAAGACAAAGGGGAAGGACAACCGACUAGGUCGCGAACAGCAACAAAAGAACUCCAAAUUCCCGAAGAUAAACCAAUGACGCCACCGAAAUUUACUCAAACUUUGAACGAUCGAACAGUGAAAGAUGGUGAAAUGGUCUCCCUCAAAUGCACAGUAGCCGGCGAUCCAGAACCCCAAGUAGAGUGGUUAAAGAAUGGUGAAGUCCUUCAUUCAUCUAAAGAAAUUAACUUAAAAUACAAAUCAGGUGUUGCCACCCUUACUAUAGAAGAAGUCUACCCAGAGGACGCAGGGCAAUAUGUGUGUAAGGCCAGCAGUUCUAUGGGCACAGCAACUACUUCUUGUAAACUCCAAGUAACAGCAUCUAAAGCAAAAGGUGGAAAAGCAGAAAAGAAGACUGGAUCCAAACCACCAAAAAUCAUUGAACAUUUGCAAAGCAUGGUUGUAAAGGAUGGAGAUCCAGUGACCUUACAGUGUAGAAUAGCAGGACCAUCUGAUUUUGAUGUGGUGUGGUUACAUAAAAACAAAGAAAUUAAACCAAGUGAAGACUUCCAGUACCUCAAUGAGGGUGACCUCUACAAACUUGUCAUCCCAGAAAUCUUUCCAGAGGAUGCAGGAACGUACACUUGUGAUGCAUUCAAUGAUGGUGGGGAAGUUUUCAGUACAUGUACAUUAGAAGUUCAAGUACCGACAGAAAAAUCGAAAGGCCCUGUAUUUGCACAAUAUCCAGUAUCACUAGCUAUUCAUGAAGGUCAACCUGCAACCUUCACAGCUGUUUUGAAGAAGGAAGCAAAACGAGUGGAAUGGACAAAAGAUGGCCGGCUCAUUGACGAAAAGAGCCCUCGUAUAAAACUGAGCGCGGAGGGUCCCAAAUACACUCUCACCAUUCCGAGUGCUGUGACAGCAGACAUGGGACAGUAUGUGCUCACAGCAAUAGAUCACAGUGGACAAAAUGAGGCCUCUGUUUCGCUUAUUGUCUUCAAUGAUGCCGAUGUCUGAGGUGAAGCUGAAUAAUUAUAGUGUACAGCUGAAUAACCAAAGAAAUGAAGCAUUAUAUCAUGAACAUUUUUAACUGAAUACUCCUUCCUCAAAGACUAGACACUUGUACACUUUCGUCAAUUAGGAAUCUGAUGCUUUAGGAACCAAAAUAGUGCUGUUAAUUUCCAUGUUAUAUGUAAUGUGCUUCCGUGGUGGAUUCUCGUACUGAGUUUCAGCUUGUUUACUCCCCCGCACUCUCUUUUUUUUUAUGUAAAUUGAAAGAUAUAACUUAUUUUUCGCUAUGAAACCUCGUCUGUCAUCUCAAAUUUAAAAUUAUGUACAUAAAUUAUUUUAUAUGCAUAUAUAUAUAUUGACUCUACAUAAUCAGACUUUAUGGUCGAACUUACCAUGACUUACAUAACAGCCUUCAACAAUUUGAAAGUUAGUAUUCCUUGUGAGCAGGAAAUUCAAAACUUUAUUAUAGUCAGCCAACAGAGAAAAAAUUGCUAUAAAAUUACUACCUUUUGUACUACUUUACAAAAAUUACUACAAUUACAAGAACCUAUUUCAAAUGCUUUCUUUCCCCUGUGAUAUGUUUUACAAUGACAUCAGCUUUUGUGAAUGAGACAUUUGUUUAAAAUGUUUAUUUAUUAAAAACAAAUUUAAAAAAAAAAAA